CCACGACCAAGGGCAGAGCAAUGUACCCGCACCAUGCAGCUGGUUCCUCGCGACUGUAGGAGAGUUCCCUAAGUGAUCGCCGAUUGCCGUGCAUGGCAGAGCCGACGGCCGCCCCGCUUAUGUACGACUGGUCCUUCAAGAGCCAUGAAGAGUGUCAGAACUACUACGCCAACGUUACCAUGGACGGCGGAGUUUGGUGCAACGCCACGUGGGACCACAUCCUCUGCUGGCCGCCGUCGCCGCCAGACACGCAGGUGGAGCUGCCGUGCCCUCCGCUCAAAGGGGUAGACCCGACACAGAUGGCCCACCGGCGAUGCACGGGCGACGGGCAGUGGCAGGGCCGGGUCCUCGACGCCGGGCCCGAAGACCCAACCGAGGGCUGGUCCAACUACACCAUGUGCUUCAUCCCUGAGAUCCGGCAGCUCAUGGAUAAGCUUUACGCCAGUUCUGAGGAGGACGCCAAGCUGAAGAUGCAGGUGGCCUCUACCGGGCGGGUUAUGGAGACGGUGGGCCUCGCCAUCUCCCUGGCUACGAUCCUCGUCUCCCUCGUCAUCUUCUCCAGUUUCAGGUCCUUACGUAACAACAGAACGCGGAUCCACUGGCACCUGUUCGUCGCCAUGAAGAUUCAGCUGGUCAUCCGCUUGACCUUGUACAUUGACCAGUACAUCAUCAGGUCGCUGCACAGUGACGACUACACGCCCCGGGGAAUCGAUAACACGCCAGUCCUGUGUGAAAGUUUCUACGUUCUGCUAGAAUAUGCAAGAACGGCUAUGUUCCUGUGGAUGUUUAUCGAGGGGCUCUACCUACACAACAUGGUCACCAUCACCGUUUUCCAAGAUAAACCAAAUUACAGAGUAUACUACGUCCUUGGGUGGGGCCUCCCGGUGCUCAUGACGGCUGUGUGGGCGGUGGUGACGGCGAUAAAGUAUACGGACACUGAGUGCUGGUGGGGCUACAACCUGAGUCCGUACUUCUGGAUCCUGGAGGGCCCGCGACUCACCGUCAUUGUGACAAACCUGUUGUUCCUCCUCAACAUCCUCCGUGUUCUUAUCACCAAACUCCAAGCAACAUUAUCUUCAGAGACGCAUCAGAUCAAAAAGGCGGUUCGAGCAGCCAUUGUACUGCUCCCUCUCCUGGGCAUCACCAACAGCCUGCAGAUGGUCCACUCGCCGCUGGACAGUAAUCUCGUUCAGUUUGCGGUGUGGACUUACUUUUCCACCUUCCUCACUGCUUUCCAAGGCUUCUUUGUCGCCCUCAUCUACUGCUUCAUGAACAAUGAGGUGCGAGCGGCGCUGAGAAAGUCGUGGGAGGAUUAUUAUUCGCAGAGAUGCAUCGAGGACAACCGCCGCCUCUCCUUAGCGUCCUUCCAGAUAUAUAGGGUGCACGGGCCGGCGAGCAAGAAGCACAGCCAGGACGAGGCCAACGGCAGCGUGGCGCAGGAGAUCCACGUGACGUCCGUUUAGGCCGCCCUGGACCGCCGACGCAGCUGCGGACGCCUGCGCGGACGCCGCAAAUCACUCUGCCAUGUUAGAUUUUUAGACUUUUUUUUAAAUACGCAGAAGAGAAAAAAGUGACACUCGGGAAAAAAGUGAGAGUUCCGUGCAUUGGCCGUGUUUUUCCUCCAAAGAUUUCCUGAAGAGAAGAGGGAGACAAGAUCUGGAAACCGGGAAGUCUGCGCUCAGCAUGGCUGUGUUACGAUCGUAUUAAGGGUACACUCACUCAUUUGUGGUGUGUCUCUGCCUGUGUAAGUGUGUAGGCGUACGUGUUUGUGUGUGUGUGUGUACACAAUCACACACACACACACACACACGCACACAUGCACACUCACACACACACACACACACACACACACACACACACACACACACACACACACACACACACACACACACACACACACACACACACACAUAUAUAUAUAUGUGUGUGUGUGUGUAUGUGUGUGUUUACAUAUACACGUACAUGUGUGUAUAAUAUGCAUAUGCAUACCGAUGGACCCCAAAUUUCUUUUUUGCUUGUACAGUGAAUUUAAAAGGUGACUUGUUUUACCUAUUAUAGUUUUAGUACUAUUCUCAUAUAAAACUGAAUUCAAAUGACUUACUGCUAUAUUUUCAUAAAAAGUAAAAAGACAGAAUAGCCGCAUUUAUCUGAACACCGAAGUGCCUGAACCCGUCUUCAAGAAAUUCGAUGAGCUUAAUACGCCCUGGUCAAGAAGGCGAGGCAUCAAGUCUUAGGCUCUGCGAGAGGAAAAUACCUCUCCGGGCCUUCCCUUUCCUCCUUUCGCUCAUAACCAUUGAAAUAUAAAUGUAUAUACGUGUGAUAACUCAUAUAGUCUUGUAUGUUGUAGAUUAGGGAGACAAAUCGUGUAAAUAGUAAAGGUAAAACAGGGUAAGGGUUUUAAAAAAAGAAACCGUCUUGCGACAUUCCUUAGUAUUACCAAAAUAUAUAAAUAUACAUUUUCUUCGUUCGUCAUCCAUUUCCAUCGACUAAAAGAAAAGAAAAAAGUUUUUUUUCUCUUUCGCCCUGUAGAUAUUGUGGCUCCGGAACGCCUUUUUUUUUUUUUUUUUUUUUUUUUUUUUUAGUUUGUCCAAUAUCUCUUCUUGUCUCGAUGUUUGACGUUGUGAGGAACAUGUGGCUUGAGAGUAGAUGUUUACCCCGGCAGCUCUGUACGCAUUUUCUGCGGUGGAGUCGAGGCGAAAGGAAGGGGUGACGGGGAGGCGCUGGCCGGAGAGGGACACGGAGGAGCUCUCGCGCCCGGGGUCCCCGACGGAGAGACUUUGGUGCUACGAGAGGCAUGCAGCGAGGGCGUCAGCAGGGAAGUAGCCUCGUGCAGGGGGGAAGGGGAGGGCAGAGGUUGAGAGA